UUUGUCCGAAGCAUAAAAAGUAUAAAAAGUGUUUCCGUUCCCUCUGUCUGUCAGGCUACCUACUCGCUCUCUCUCUCUCUCUCUCUCUGGAAUACCCGAAUAGCAUAGCCUACACAAAGCCUUAACGUGGCGGAUUCUCCCUCCAUCAGUACGAGCUGGUGGUGGUGGCGGUGGCGGGGGAGGCGAGGAGUGAGGCACGUUUGGUGGUGAAGGUAGACGACCAGAACGAUUAUGCGCCCGUGUUCCUGCGGGCCCUGCACGAGACCCAGAUCACCGAGGAGGACAACAGACACUUGCCCAAAGUCAUCCUAAAGCAAGUGACGGCAGUGGACGGGGACGCGGGUCGGUUCGGCAGACUCGCCUACACCAUCUCCGGGGACGGCAUGUUCACCAACGGGUCGCGGCCUUGCUUCUCCGUGGACGCCGCCUCGGGGACCGUGCUGCUCCUCAGGCCCCUGGACCGCGACCCUCCCCACGGCCGGCCUCAGUGGCGCCUGCGGGUGACGGCCACGGACGGGGAGCUUGAGGCGCACACUGACAUUCGUGUUAACCUAAAGGACGCCAACGACAACUCGCCCUUCUUCCCCUCCCGCACUACCACCGCCACCGUCCCUGAAAACAUUCCCAUCGGAUCAUCAGUGACGCGCGUGGAGGCCACGGACUACGACGACCCUGAGGAGGGAGACAACGCCAAGGUGACGUUCUCGCUGGAGAAGAACGCGAUCGACGAGUCGAGCGGACAUCCGAUCUUCGCGAUCGACAGCGAGCUGGGCGUCAUCACCACGGCGCUGUGCUGCCUUGACCGGGAGAAGACCCAGCGCUACGUUAUUCAGGUGGUGGCGACCGACGGCGGCGGCCUCAAGGGCACGGGAACGGUGGUGGUGGACGUGGGCGACGUGAACGACGUGCCUCCGAGGUUCUCGCGGCCCGAGUGGACGCUGGACGUACCUGAGAGCCUAGACCCCGACAACGUGCUGGCCACACUUACCGUCGUGGACCAAGACGUCACCAACGACUUCGCCUACAGGGUGGUGCCGGGCAGCGGAUGGGGAUGGCAAAGGUUCCGCGUGGAGGCCGCGUCUGGGUCCAUGCCCGGCGGAAACCUGAGGUCGGUGGAGUCGCUUGACUACGAGGAUCCAGACCACCGGCAGGGCUUCCACUUUAAGGUUCAGGUGACAGACAUGGGAGCAGCUGGAUGGGAACAGAGGGAACACGUGGCCGAGACUUGGGUGAGGCUGAGUCUUGUGGACGAGAACGAUAACGAGCCAGUGUUUAGUGAGGAAAUCAUCAGCCUGAUGCUCCCCGAGGACACCCCGCGUGGCUCUCUCCUCGCCUCCUUCGACGCUCUCGAUCCGGAUGCUGGCGGAGAUGGUCGUGUCCGGUAUCAGGUGAAUCUGUCAAGUGAUCCAGAUCGCCAUUUUGACGUGGAUGGGACAGGGGCGGUACGCUUGGUGGGUGAGCUGGACAGGGAGGACUCGGAUCUGUACACGGUGUUUGUGUUGGCAGUGGACGAAGGGGAACCGCCGAGAACUGCCACAGCUACGCUCACUAUCAACGUGACAGACGUGAACGACAACCCGCCGUUUCUGUCUGAGCCUCGCGAGGUGCAGGUGACGGAGAACAGCGAGGCACAGCUGGUGGCACGGGUCAAGCUGGGUGACCCCGACGACUGGCGGCAGGGUCACGGGCCCCCUUUCACCAUCUCCCUGGACCCCCACGCGCCGUCCCACGUCACCGACAGCGUCAGAGUCACGCUGGACAGGAGAGGGGACGACGGGCGGGGCGUGGGCGUGGUGUGGACGCGGGCGGCACUGGACCGAGAGGAACGUCCCGUCCUGCUGGUGCCCCUCGUGGUGGGCGACGCCGGGUGGCCGUCCCUCACCGCCACCGUCACCCUCACCCUGCACGUGGCCGACGUCAACGACAACCCCAUGGCGCCCGCCGCCAAGACCGUCACCGUGCACACCAUGCAGCGGCACGGAACGGAGGUGCCUCUGGGAAGGGUGUAUGUGCAGGACCCGGACGAUUGGGACGCCGUGGAAAAAACUUACGCCUGGAGAGAUUCCAAAGCGGGCUUUUUCCUUGACACCUCCAGUGGCCACUUGUCCAUGGCGCCCUCCACCCCAGACGGCAGGUACCACCUUACCUUCGUGGUAAGCGACAAUCAGCAAGGACUCAAGAAUGUGGAGGCCAAUGUGACCGUGAUGGUGAAGCGCAUCAGUCCACACGAGAUCCGGCGCACCACUCCCCUCACUCUGGCCGCCAGCACAGUGAGAUUAGUGCGGCCGCCCAUCGAGGGUGGGAUGUCAUUGCUCAAUCGCUUGGUGGAGGCAGCGCGGGCGUGGGCGGGCGGAGGCGAGGAGGCAGUAAAGGUGGUGUCUGUGCAGCCGUUAGAUGGGACGCCUUCAUCCACGCGGAUCUGGCUUUCUGCCACAGGCAUUGUUAACUUCGAUCACAUUUUGAUGUAUCACAAAAGAGAGGCGAGUGAUGAUUCAUUAGCUUCCGUUAAUGUAUCUUUUUUACGUCACCACUACUCACUGUUAUAUUGCUAGCCUGAACAAAUAGUAGUCCCUGUCCUGGCAGCUCGAUUUCAUACCUAGUUUAUCUUUUAAU